AUGGCUACCACAAAUAAUCUUGUCAAUCCUCAAGUGCCCAAAUUAUUGAAAGAUAACUAUGAGAGUUGGUCAAUCCAAAUGAGAGCCUUAUUUGGUUCUCAAGAGUUGUGGGAGCUGAUCAUUGAUGGGUUCACGGAACCUACACCAGAAGUAGAAGCCACCUAUACCGCCGAAGAGAAGAAGGCUCUCAGAGAACAAAGAAAGAAGGAUAGCAAGGCUCGUUUUCUACUCUAUCAAGGGUUGGACGAGUCUACCUUUGAGAGAGUUGCCGAAGCAACGACAAGCAAGGAAGCAUGGGAAAUCCUUGCGACCAUCUACAAAGGUGUCGAGCGGGUGAAGCGAAUUCGCCUCCAAACUUUGAGGGGCGAUCUUGAAGCCGCUCAAAUGAAAGAUGAAGAACAAAUCUCCGAUUAUUAUUCACGAUUACUUCUAAUUGUGAAUAAAAUAAGGAGAAAUGGAGAGAAGAUGGAGGACAUCCGAGUGAUGGAGAAGUUGCUCCGAUCCCUCACAUCAAAAUUCGAGCACGUGGUGGCGGCAAUUGAGGAGUCAAAAAAUUUGGAGGAGAUCUUAAUAGAGGAGCUCUUGGGAUCUCUCCAAGUUCAUGAACAACGAAUGCAAGAGAAGGCUAGUUCCAUAGUUUUGGAACAAGAAGAGGCCCUGCUCAAGGAUAGGAUCUAUGCUGAGGCGAUGCUGCUGGGGUCUAGGGCUGGUCGAGGUGGUGCUGGGAGAGCUGGCCUAACUGGAGGUGGUGGUAAACUGUGUAGCCACAAUGGGUACACUUCACCGAAGGCUGACCAUGAGACUACACUCCAGGGUGCUGAUAAGGGUAAGCAUGAGGGGGUGGCUGACGCUGAGAAUGUUGCUGCCUCUAGGGGGCCUGCUGUUGCUACCUCGGGGAAGGACGCUCGAUAG